AUGUUCUUAAUUUUAUCUAUGAAGCAUGAGGAGAUAGAAGCAGAUGACAAUGUCUCCACAGUGGUGCAGUUUGUUCUGCUGGGAUUUUCUGAAUUUCCAAACCUCCAAGGCCUUCUAACUGCAGCGUUCUCCAUCAUUUACAUGGUUAUCCUCAUUGGGAACAGUCUCAUAGUCAUAAUAACAAGGCUGGACCCUGCGCUGCACAAACCCAUGUAUUUUUUUCUGUCACAUUUUUCUAUGCUGGAAAUCUGUUAUGUUUCAGUCAUACUCCCCAGGUAUCUGGUCAGUCUUUGGACUUGUGAUAGGAGCAUCUCCCUACUGAGCUGUGCUGCCCAAAUGUGCAUCUUCCUUGCACUGGGAACUGCAGAAUGUUUCCUUCUGGCUGUGAUGGCCUAUGACCGCUAUCUGGCCAUCUGCAACCCUCUGCACUAUCCUCUCAUCAUGAACCCAAGGAAGUGCCAUUUACUGGCUGCUGGCUCCUGGCUAGGGGGAAUAACAGUCCAGAUAGGGCAAACAUGCUGGAUAUUCUCACUGCAUUUCUGUCAUUCUAACCAAAUCAAUCACUUUUUUUGUGACCUACCCAAUAUUCUUAAGCUAGCCUGUGGUGAUACUUCAGUGCAUGAGGUGUCUGUCCAUGUAGUAGUGAUAUUGGUUGCUACAGUACCUUUUAUAUUGAUACUUGUCUCUUAUAUCAAGAUCAUUGCCACUAUUCUGAGGUUGCCUACAGCCCAAGGACGUGCUAAGGCAUUCUCCACUUGCUCCUCUCAUCUGCUGGUUGUAGUUUUAUUUUUUGGGUCUGGUUCCAUUACCUAUUUCAGUCCCAAAUCCAACCAUUCUGCAGGAACUAACAAACUGCUCUCUCUUUUCUACACCAUAGUGACUCCCAUGUUCAAUCCUGUGAUAUACAGCCUCAGGAAUCAGGAUGUGAUUGCUGCACUCAAAAGAUUAUUUCUUAAAACAUAG